AUGUCGCUGGGAAACUGGAGACACUUCUCUGUCAUGAUUAUCUUUCUUUUAAAGGAUAUCAACCAGAAGCUGCAAGAAGAUAACCAAGAACUGAGAGACCUUUGCUGCUUUCUGGAUGACGACAGGCAGAAGGGCAAGAAGGUGUCCCGUGAAUGGCAGAGACUGGGCAGAUACAGCGCUAGUGUUAUGCACAAAGAGGUUGCCUUAUACUUACAGAAGCUGAAAGAAUUGGAAGUGAGACAAGAAGAAGUGGUUAAGGAAAACCUGGAGCUGAAAGAAUUGUGUGUGUUGCUGGACGAGGAAAGGAGUGGUGGAGCAGGCAGCCGGAGCUCUAUCGACAGCCAGAUCAGCCUGUGCCAGUUAACUGCGACGAGUACUUACAUAAGAGAUGUCGGUGAUGGGAGUAGCACUUCUAGCACGGGAAGUACAGACAGUCCAGACCAUCAUAAACAUCAUCCAAGUACUAGUCCAGAACAUCUUCAAAAAACUCGGGGUGAAGGAAGCCCUGAGCAUCAGAAACACAGGAGUAUCAGCCCAGAGCACCUCCAGAAGCCUAGGCGUUCUGGCAGUCCUGAUCAUCACCUGAAAGGGCCAAGUCCGGAACAUCACAAAACCAUUGUCAAAGCACCUGAACAACAAAAGCACAGCAGCAGCAGUCCAGAAACUAUCCCAAAGCAUGUUUUGAGUAGUAGUCCUGAACACUUUCAAAAGCAGAGGCCUGGCAGUAGCCCUGAGCAUCAAAAGCACGGCAGUGGCAGCCCAGAUCAUCUUCAAAAGCACACGCCGAGUGGAAGUACAGAACAUCUCCACAAAGUGAGGGGUACGAGCCCUGAGCAUCUCAAACAACACUAUGGAGGGAGCCCAGAGCAUCUCAAACAUCUCAGCGGAGGCAGCAGAGAAGGUACCCUCAGGAGACAAGUAACAGAUGACCUGUCACCUCACCACAGAAGUAUAUACAAUGGAAUGAAUGAAUCAACCUUGUCCUAUGUUAGGCAGCUGGAGGCAAGAGUAAGACAGCUGGAGGAGGAAAAUCGCAUGCUGCCCCAGGUUGUGUGGAGGAAACUUGGAGAUGCUGCAGGGUCGUGCCCUGGAAUUAGACAACAUUUGUCAGGAAAUCAGUACAAAGGACCUAUGUAAAAGGCCCUGAGCAAGUCCUCUCUCUGAAGAGUUUGAGCUGCCCAUAAGAGAGAAAGAACUGACUGUGUCCACAGCGACUUCCCAGCUGACGACGGGGUGUCUGUAUGCAUUGCAAGAGACUUCAUUGGAAACCAGUAGAGACUCUGCACAGAGGUCUUUCGGAGGAGCCGUGUUGUCAGUGUCCCCCGAAUAUUGCUGUUUCGGUAUACUGGCUAAUGAAAUGCUGCCGCCGCAUCGUCACUUCAACACACCACAUUUAGAAGCACUGAGGUAUUUCCAUCCUAACUAAAAGAUAAUUGGGAUUCUGCAGGAGUUACAUGAAAUAAGUUUUAUUUUGGUUAGUUACGGUGAAUCUCUAGUAAGUCUGAAUGAAUUUUCCACUGGAUUUAACAGAGGUUUUUCAUCAGACUGGAGAGACGUUGAUAAACUGUGCCUUUGGUCUCCACAGUUUUGAGAAAGUCACUUCUUGGUAACUCACACUUCAGUCUGUAAAGUUAAUGGUGCUUAGGCGAUUUCCAGACGAUUUUUUUGCUUUGGUAGAAUACCUGCCUUUGGAGGUGCUAAAAGACCGUAAAGUCUCCUAACCAGCCAGUAGUGUAGCAUAACUACAGUACUUGUAGUGAAACACAAUUUCUUUCUAAAUGAAAGUAAAGAGAGCUUUCUUUUCGAUUCUCUUUGAUGCACAUCUUCUGAAGACGUGUACGAUGUUCGCAGCCCUUUAAUGAACAGCAUACUUAGGUAUCACUAUUACAGGUCUCGAAUCAGAAUUUCCAUCAGAGUUUUUUUUUUUUGAAAGUAUUUUCCAAUUGUCAGGAUGCUAAUUUCUACUGUUUAAUUUAGAGACACACUGGUUUAUUUAACAAGAGUCUAUAAGGAUCUAAAAGAUUGCACUGCAUUAUAAAAAGCUUUUCUUGCCACUGUAGCAUUCUUUCAAAGAAAAAGGUUUUAUUAUACUCAGAGCAUGUCUUUCAUUAUUAUGAGGCAGAAAGCUCUUGUUCAGAUUGCCUGAGAUUUGACCAGACGGCGCCCUAGAUGUGCUUAGUUUAUUUUUAUCUCUGUGUAUGACACUAGUUGUGUGUAUUGAAUUGCAAUGAUAGGUAUUUUGUGUAUAUCUAAAAGCAAUGAUAGUUUCAUGUAUGAAUGUGCAACAGGCUUGUGACUGAAUGCUGUUGCUUAACUUUUCACCAUAGUUGAGCAUCAAAAAGACUAA